AUGGCGUCAAGAGCGACCAUCAGUACGAGGUGAGUUUUUUGAAUUUGAACGUUUAUCAAGGCAAUAAUAAGUAUGGAGAUAUGAUAACAAUUAUUCCUAUACAUAGUAGAGGGUUUAUAUAAGGAUUAUAAGUUAUUUUUAUUUGCCAAUCUUUUAUAUUUUACGAAAAAUAUUCGUAUUUUGUGGUUGUCCAGUGUACUGGACUUCGUGCAUUUAUGGAAUCAAUAUGUUGUGUAAUAUGAUAACUGCUAAUAACCUGAUUAUUUUUGUUGAAGAAAAGAACAGUAUUACGUUUUCUUAGUUUGUUUGUAUACAUUAUUUAGAUCAUUUUAUGGGAUUCGAAGACCUCCUGCAAAUAUUAUAUCUUUGCCAACUGCAGAUGUUAGUGAAGCUUCAUCAGAAGGAAGUGAUGAAGAGGCAUUUGAUAUUGAGUCUGGGGAGGACACCACAGAAUCUUCUUCGGGUAAGCCUACCAAAUGUUAGAAUAUUAUUAUCAUCACCUAGCUAAGUUAGACAUAUUAAACAUUCAAUAUUGAGUAUAUAUUUUUUAUAUUUACUUAUCAUAGAAAGUGAGAGUGAUGAGGAAGAGGUUCUGGAUCAAGCACCAUCAUCUAGUCGUGUAGAAGAGUACGAAUGGCUGUUGAAGGGAAAGCAAACCUGGAAAAUUCCAACCAAAUCAAAAAUUGAUGAAAGGAAACUAAAGCUUAAUCCAGAUUUGGAAGAUAGUCUUUCAAAGAAUAGCUCACCAAUUGAGUUUUUCAAUUUGUUUGUUACAAGUGAAUUGUUGGACAUGAUCCUGGAACAAACUCAACUAUACGCAACAUCUCUGUCAAUAAACAAGAGCAAUGCCAAAGAGGUGGAUGAAAUCACGGUUGAAGAUAUUAAGAAAGCAUUUGGAAUUGUUCUGUAUAUGGGUAUUCUGAAGUUGCCAAAUAGACGAAUGUAUUGGCAAAACAACACUAGAGUUGAGAUUAUUGCGAACACGAUGGGAGUAAAUCGAUUUGCCAAGAUCAUGCAGCUACUUCAUUAUAAUGACAACAAUUUGAUCCCUGCCAGUAAAAGUGAAGAUUACAACAAGUGUUAUAAGAUUCAGCCACUUGUUGACUACAUCAGAGAAAAGUUCUUUGAAGCUGUCAUCCCAGAAACCUAUGUUGCUGUCGAUGAGCAAUUAGUCCCAUUCAAAGGCGCCAGUUGUCUGAAGCGUUAUCUCCCAAAGAAACCAAAAAAGUGGGGCUAUAAGCUAUGGGCCAUUGCUGGUGUUUCUGGGUAUGUCUAUACUUUUGAAGUGGAUGGAGAGAAAGGGAAAACUGGUCUUCCAGAUGGGUGGAAUGCACCAGAAAAGUGCGGCGAAAGUGGAUUUGUUGUCUUGCGCUUGAUUGAGAAGCUUGAAGAAGAUAAGCACAAACUUUUCUUUGACAACUUCUUUUCAAGCCCAGAACUAAUGGAAUAUUUAGCUAGGAAAGGUUUUUGGGCUUUGGCAACAUUGAAUGCCAAUAGGUCCAGGAAAUGUCCUUUACCUAGUGAAAGCGAGUUGAAGAAGAGUGGCAGAGGUUCUUCAGCACAAAAUGUAAAUAGAGAAAGAUCGGUUAUCGUAACAUCAUGGUACGACAGCAGAAGAGUCCUGAUGAUAUCCAAUUUUAUUGGAAAAGAACCAGUUGGAGAAUGUACCCGGUACAUCCGCAAGGAGAAGGCCACUGCAAGUGUUGAACGACCUGCUUCAGUUGAGUUGUAUAACAACUACAUGGGUGGUGUUGACAAGACCGACAUGAUGUUGGCCCUGUAUCGCACAAAAUAUAGGUCUCGAAAGUGGUAUCAGCGAAUUGGAUUGCACCUGAUAAGCCAAUGUGCAGUGAAUGCGUGGAUCAUAUACAAGGAGAUGGGAGGAUUAAAAAGCUACUUGGAUUUCCUCACUGAAAUUUGUGUCACCCUCAUGGUCGGAAAGCCACAGAGCGACGACUCGGACGAAGAUCAGCCUGAACCACCGCCACCACCAAAGAAGAGAAUGAAGGCAUCAAAUAUCCCAGAAGCUAUAAGAUAUGAUAAAUAUGACCAUUGGCCAAUUCUCCUAGACAUGCCCAAUGCACAUGCAGAGAUGCAAAAUGGACGGUUGCAAGAAAAAAACAAUGUUUAUGUCCAGCAAGUGCAAUGUGUACUUAUGUGUCACUAA